GCAGUCGGGGCGCAGGAGGAGCUCGGGCCGGGGCUGGUGGCAGGCAUCUCAAUCCCAUAUUAAAAGUCAACAGGGGAAACUCGGGCCAACACCCCUCCUUUCUGGGGCCCCUCCCGGCUUCCCCGCCCCAGGUCCGCUGGGGAGGCUGCUGAGUGCGGAGACCGCGGCCGAAGCCGAGGCAAACUGUGGGUGACCGCGCCUGCGGGGGACUUUGCCAUCUGUCCACCAGGACCUGGGGAGGAAGAACCAGCAGCUCCCCACCCCCUCCACCACCAUUUUGGAUACUCCGCAGGGACGCGUUUUGGGGUUCCCACUGACUUCCAGGAAGGACGCGUGCCCUUCUCUGACCCCAGCUCGGGCGGCCACCUGUGUUUGCUGCGGUGACCCUUUGCCCAUGACCCUGCGGUGCCUUGAGCCCUCCGGGAAUGGCGCGGAAGGGACGCGGAGCCAGUGGGGGACUGCGGGGUCCGCGGAGGAGCCGUCCCCGGAGGCGGCGCGUCUGGCGAAGGCCUUGCGGGAGCUCAGUCAAACAGGUUGGUACUGGGGAAGUAUGACUGUUAAUGAAGCCAAAGAGAAAUUAAAAGAGGCACCAGAAGGAACUUUCUUGAUUAGAGAUAGUUCUCAUUCAGACUACCUACUAACAAUAUCUGUUAAAACAUCAGCUGGACCAACUAAUCUGCGAAUCGAAUAUCAAGAUGGGAAAUUCAGAUUGGACUCUAUCAUAUGUGUCAAGUCCAAGCUUAAACAAUUUGACAGUGUGGUUCAUCUGAUCGACUACUAUGUUCAGAUGUGCAAGGAUAAGCGGACGGGCCCAGAAGCCCCCCGGAAUGGCACUGUUCACCUUUAUCUGACCAAACCGCUCUACACAUCAGCACCACCUCUGCAGCAUCUCUGCAGACUCACCAUUAACAAAUGCACCGGUACCAUCUGGGGACUGCCUUUGCCAACAAGACUAAAAGAUUACUUGGAAGAAUAUAAAUUCCAGGUAUAAGUGUUUCUCUUUUUCUAAACAUGCCUCAUAUAGAGUAUCUCCGAAUGCAGCUAUGUAAAAGAGAACCCAAACUUGAGUGACUGCUCUGGAUAACUACAUGGAAUUCUAAGAACAGCUGAAACAAUCUAACUUACAUGUGUGACGAGGUAGCUAGGUCAAGUUCCCUCAGAUAGUUUUACCUGAGUAAUGCUUCCCUUCCUGAGGCUAAGACCAGUUGAUCCUUUUCAGUCAAAAAUUAAAUGUCCCAAGUAAAGGCUGAAGUAACAUUUUUAUCAGAAUGCCUUGCCUUUCUGAGGUUCCUUUCUUUUUGGUUGAAGGUCCAACCACCAGUAGUAGAGGAGCUCGGUGGAGAAGUACUGAGGAAGGAGAAGGAAACUGAGACAGGCUUAACUUCCAUUCUAUAUGCCUGGUGAUCUGAGUCUGUUUUGGACAUGUUAUAUUUUGCAUUCUGAUGUAACUAGGGGUUUUAUUGAUCAGAUAUGCUUGUGAGUAUUUAUCCUUCAUUUUAUGCAAUUAACGGAGUCAACCAAAAAAAGUAACCAUGAAAUCCUGUAUUUGUCUUUUUACUACAUGUAUGAACUCUCCCAUGUGAAUGAGUACUGUAGUAAUCCUUUUUAAGGGAGCCUUACUUCAGAAAUAUUUCAAACUGGUGCAAAUGGAAAAGACUUUGUUUUUUCCUUUAAGGCUAAAGACAAGAAUGCCAUGCUAUACAGGUGCAACUCAAUCCCGGUUAAUAAAACCAUGUAGAUAGAGACAUUUUACCCUUUGAAGUAGCUGUGUCCCAACCUAUUGCCAUGGAUUUUUUAGGAAAUGGCUUUAGAAAUUUCCAAGUUGUCCUUGAAUUGUCUAACUAUGGACAUCAGCAGUUGUCUCCCUUCUACCAUGUAGAAAACUUUGACUUAAUUUUCUUCCAGAUAUAAGGGGAUACCUGCCUGUUUUUCAAAGUGUUUAUUUACUGCUGUUACUAUUUGAUUAGAAUGUACUAAAUAAAAGAAACCUGACUU